AUGCCGCCCCACCCGCUAAUGCCGCCCCACCCGUUAAUGCCGCCCCACCCGUUAAUGCCGCCCCACCCGUUAAUGCCGCCCCACCCGCUAAUGCCGCCCCACCCGUUAAUGCCGCCCCACCCACUAAUGCCGCCCCACCCGCUAAUGUCGCCCCAGCCACUAAUGCCGCCCCACCCGCUAAUGCCGCCCCACCCGCUAAUGCCGCCCCAGCCACUAAUGCCGCCCCAGCCACUACUGCCGCCCCGUCCACUAAUGCCGCCCCGUCCACUAAUGCCGCCCCGUCCACUAAUGCCGCCUCAGCCACUAAUGCCGCCCCAGCCACUAAUGCCGCCCCGGCCACUAAUGCCGCCCCGUCCACUAAUGCCGCCUCAGCCACUAAUGCCGCCCCAGCCACUAAUGCCGCCCCAGCCACUAAUGCCGCCCCAGCCACUAAUGCCGCCCCAGCCACUAAUGCCGCCCCACCCACUAAUGCCGCCCCACCCACUAAUGCUGCCCCACCCACUAAUGCUGCCCCACCCACUAAUGCCGCCCCACCCACUAAUGCCGCCCCACCCACUAAUGCCGCCCCACGCACUAAUGCCGCCCCACCCACUAAUGCCGCCCCACCCACUAAUGCCGCCCCAGCCACUAAUGCCGCCCCACCCACUAAUGCCGCCCCAGCCACUAAUGCCGCCCCAGCCACUAAUGCCGCCCCGUCCACUAAUGCCGCCUCAGCCACUAAUGCCGCCCCACCCACUAAUGCCGCCCCAGCCACUAAUGCCGCCCCACCCACUAAUGCCGCCCCACCCACUAAUGCCGCCCCACCCACUAAUGCCGCCCCACCCACUAAUGCUGCCCCAGCCACUAAUGCCGCCCCAGCCACUAAUGCCGCCCCAGCCACUAAUGCCGCCCCAGCCACUAAUGCCGCCCCACCCACUAAUGCCGCCCCACCCACUAAUGCCGCCCCAGCCACUAAUGCCGCCCCAGCCACUAAUGCCGCCCCGUCCACUAAUGCCGCCUCAGCCACUAAUGCCGCCCCACCCACUAAUGCCGCCCCAGCCACUAAUGCCGCCCCACCCACUAAUGCCGCCCCACCCACUAAUGCCGCCCCACCCACUAAUGCCGCCCCACCCACUAAUGCCGCCCCACCCACUAAUGCCGCCCCGUCCACUAAUGCCGCCCCAGCCACUAAUGCCGCCCCACCCACUAAUGCCGCCCCACCCACUAAUGCCGCCCCACCCACUAAUGCCGCCCCACCCACUAAUGCCGCCCCACCCACUAAUGCCGCCCCGUCCACUAAUGCCGCCCCAGCCACUAAUGCCGCCCCACCCACUAAUGCCGCCCCACCCACUAAUGCCGCCCCACCCACUAAUGCCGCCCCACCCACUACAUUCUGCUCUUAAAGCUGUUUUUUCCCGCCAAAGACACCGGACAUCAUGA